UCUUAGACACCCGCAGAACAGAAGUGUUGCGUCGUACUGAGAUCCACAGUCUUCAGAGAAUGGGUCGCCACUUCGGAGAUUUGGCCAAGAUCCGUCAUGUGAUCACAUACAGCCUUUCCCCUUUUGAGCAGCGAGCAUUCCCUAACUACUUUUCAAAGGGAAUUCCCAAUGUUUGGAGACGGUUCAGAGCAUCGGUCUUUAAGGUUGCCCCCCCUAUGGUUUUGAUGUACCUGACAUACACAUGGGGGAACCAUGUCCAUGAACAAGGCAAAAGGAAGAAUUUAGCUGAACUUGAACAUGAAGAGUAACACCAGUCAAUGUCACCUGUGUCCAUGGUCUCCACUUUUAUGUAUGAUUCUUCAAUAAAGGAUAUAUUUAUGGGGGAGGUGGAUGUUGUCCCGUUCUCAGUGGGAAUUCAAAAUCUUCUCUGACUUGAGCAGAAUAUUUUGUAGUUAUGUUACGCCAUGCUCAUUAAAGCCCACUCUACUAAGAUUAUACAAGGCACAUACAGAGUGUUUAUGUAUGGCUUUCCUAAUGUUUUCACUUGCCAUGUUAAGCAUUUAAAAAUCAUGUUCAAUGUUUGGGCAUAAGGCAUGGUUUUGCCAGUUAUACUGUAUUUGAAAGGCUUGUAAUUAAACCACAUUACAGUCUCUCUGGAGUGGUAUUUGUUGAUUUGUAGCUGUCAAGUCGCUAGUUACUGAUUGUUAAAGGGUUUAGUGACAUGGCGAAGCUUCCAAUUAAAACAGAUAACUAAUAAAUCAUGA